AACGAAAUGUGUCAUGGAUGCGUGCUGUUGUAUCACUUGUAUAUUGAGUUUGGUUGUGCAGGGAGUCACUGUCAGUGUAUCACCGAACUUUUGUUGAGAGAGGUCGUAUAGUGAGUUAGCUGUAAUCAAUAAUCUUCAUAUUUUGGAAACGCCCUUACUGAAACACAAAUACAACAAUUAUGGCCAUCAGCAGGUUGUCUAUCAUCAAAUUUUUGGAAUUGGCUAUUGCAGUCACAUGUAUUGGUCUUCAUUACAAAAGCGAAGUCCCUCACGACUUCAACACCAACACUCUCUCAGUGGCCGCUUUCGGUGGUUUUGUGAUCAUCCUUGUAGGCGGGUUUGCUGGUCAUCUAAUGUCGACUCCAAUUAAUAGAAGGAUCGAUAUUUUCUUUUGUUUGGUCGGGUGUGCCACAUUUAUUGCAGCAGGUGCGAUGAACAUAGAAUAUUUCAAGGAUGUUCGUAAGAGCGAAUACAGGGAUUAUGGUUUGGCGAAAGCUUCCUUAGCAAUUAUUGGAGGAGCUCUCUUUUUGAUAGACUCGCUCUUGACUUGGCGUGGCGAUUUUUAAAUGAUCAUAAAAUAAAAAUGUGUGUUUUUAUACAGUAAUAUUUAUUUUUAUAUGGAUGUUUUUUAUGUACAAAAUAUUUCUCAAGAUAAUUAUUAUGCAUUGUUGAUUUUGAUACUAAGGAUGUGCCUGUAUGUAUAACUUACAAAAGAAUGAUUGUUAUUAAUUUAAAACUGAUAUUUAUAUUUGUAAAAGGACCAACAUUUGUACAAUAAAUCUAUAGUCCUUAA